AUGAGUUCAAUCUUCGAAUCGUGUGAUCUUGCUCCUCCGGAUCCUAUUCUUGGUACUACUGUCGCCUACAAGGCCGAUCCUUUCCCGAAGAAGGUCAACCUCGGUGUCGGUGCCUACCGUGAUGAGAAUGGCAACCCUAAGGUGCUCGAUGUUGUUCGUAAGGUCGAUCAGCAGUUAGCUGCUGAUAUGAAGGUCGAUAAGGAGUAUGCUCCCAUUGAUGGGUUCCCGGCUCUCAAGCCUCUCAGUCAACGACUCCUCUUCGGCGAGUCCAGUGAUAGGAUUGCUAGCAGUCAAGCUAUAUCUGGUACUGGUGCACUCCGCCUUAUUGGAGAUUUCAUUGCGAAGUUUUUGAACAAGCCCAUUAUUUAUAUUUCGGAUCCUACGUGGGGUAACCAUCUGAAGGUGUUCGGUGCUCCUGGUUCAGGCCUAGAGAUUAGAAGAUACCCUUAUUGGGACACUGAGAACCGUUGCUUGGACUUCAGUGGGUGCAUGGACUGUCUAUCUGAGGCUCCUGCUGGAUCUGUUAUCCUUCUUCAUGCCGUCGCUCACAAUCCCACUGGUAUGGAUUUCACUCAUGAGGAGUGGCAGGAAGUUCAGAAGCUCCUUCAAGAGAGGCAUCUUAUUCCUCUUCUUGAUUGUGCUUAUCAGGGAUAUGCUUCUGGUGAUUUGGAUAGAGAUGCUUAUGCUCUUCGCCUAUUCUAUCAGUCCGGUAUGGAGUUCUUUGUAGCCCAGAGUUUCGCCAAGAACUUUGGUCUUUAUGGUGAGCGUGCUGGUAUGUGCCACUUCGUGACCAAGAGUGCUGACUUGGCUGCUCGUGCUCUUAGUCAGCUCAAGCUCAUCAUUCGUCCCAUGUAUUCUUCUCCUCCGAUUCAUGGUGGUUUAAUUGUUAAGACUAUUCUUGAGAACCCCGCCUAUGAGAAGGAGUGGAGAGAUGAGUUGACUGCUAUCAGUGGAAGGAUUGGUGAGAUGCGUAUUCUUCUGUCUGAUGGGUUGACCGCCAAGGGUACUCCUGGUACUUGGGGACAUAUCAAGAAGCAGAUUGGUAUGUUCUCCUUCACUGGUCUCACUGUUGCUCAGUCUGAGCGUAUGAUUAACAAGCAUCAUGUCUAUAUGCUCAAGAAUGGCCGUAUCUCUAUGGCCGGCUUAAACAAGCACAAUAUUCAGUACGUUAUCGAUGCUAUGGAUGAGUGUGUGCGUAAUGCGUAA